AUGGCCGUCCUCACUGAAGUGACAUGGAUCAUCGGCGUGAUGACGUUGUCUUUCACAGCGUCCGCCUUUGGCAACGGCGCCAAUGACGUGUCAAACGCCUACGCGACUUCGGUCGCCGCCCGUACCCUGACAAUGCCACAGGCCGGUAUCCUGGCCAUGUUCACCGAGUUCUUCGGCGCCGUGGUUCUGGGUGGCCGCGUCACCGGCACCAUCAAGAACGGUAUUAUCGAUAUCAACCGCUUCACCGGUACGCCCGCAGCCCUCGUCCUUACCAUGGGUUGCGUCGAGUUUGGCUCCGCUUCGUGGCUGCUCUUGGCCACCAAGGUCGGUUUCCCCGUCAGCACCACCCAGACCGUCGUCGGAGCCCUAGUCGGCGCCGGUAUCUCCUCAGGGGCCCAGGUCAGCUGGAGCUGGAAGACGGGUAGCGUCUCACAGAUCGCCGCCUCUUGGCUCAUAGCCCCCCUAAUCUCAGCUGCCAUGGCUGCCCUGCUCUUUGGAACCCUCAAGUUCUCCGUCCUCGAGCGCGAGAGGCCGUUCGAGAAGGCCCUGAAGGCAAUUCCCUUCUACCUGGCCUUCACCGCCGCCGUGCUCGCCCUCUUCAUCACCAUCGAGGCCCCCGGAGCUCCUAGCCUCGAGGAGCUGGGUGCCGGCACCGUCUGCGGAAUUAUCUUUGGCGUCUUCUUUGGUGCUCUGGCCUUGGCCUACAUCUUCUUCGUCCCCUACAUCCACCGCAGGCUGGUCAGGGAGGACACUCGCAUCCGCCCUCGUCACAUCAUCCUCGGCCCUCUGCUGUGGAGGGAGAACCCGCCCAUCUUCUGGCCUGCAAAGGAUGGCUCCAUCGUUGAGGACCACUAUGCUGUCCAGGAAUCCCCCGCAGAAAACACCCAGACUCCAGGCUCGGCCGAUCCCAAGGCCGGCAACGACACCAUCACCCCCAACGGCGAGAGCAACGCAACAAACGGCGCCAAGGACCCUGAGAAGCGCGCCCUGGAGGACCAGCAAGCAGCCGGCAACAACAACAACAACAACAACGGCGUCCUCAACUCAUCCUCCCAAGACCUCGAAGCCGGCCCCACCCCCGCCCAACCUCCUCAGACCAUCGCCCGGUACAAGAAGCAGCCCGAGCCCGAGGAGCGCUUCCUCGCACCGACGGCCCACCUCCCGCUCCACAACCCCAAGCGCCUCUGGUCGUGGGCCAAGUACAUCUUCCUGCAGGGCGUGACCCGCGACUGCGUCACUCACGCGGCCGAGGACCUGGCCAACGUCCACGGCAAGGCCAAGAGGUACGACAACCGCGUCGAGCACAUGUGGACGUACGCGCAGGUGGCGUCGGCCGUCAUGAUGUCCAUCGCACACGGCAGCAACGACGUCGCAAACGCCAUCGGCCCCUGGGUCGCCGCCUACCAGACGUACCAGUCCGGCGUGGUCAGUUCAAAAACCGAGACUCCCAUCUGGAUCCUGGUCACGGCCGGCUUCCUCCUCGGCGCCGGCUUCUGGUUCAUGGGCCACCACAUCGUCCGCUCCCUCGGCAACAAGCUCACCCAGCUCUCGCCCACCAGGGGUUUCGCCAUGGAGCUGGGCGCCGCCAUCACCGUGCUCAUGGCCAGCAGGUUGGGACUCCCCGUCAGCACGACCCAGUGCCUGCUCGGUGCGGUCUGCGGCGUCGCCAUGAUGAACUUUGACCCUGGUGCGGUCAACUGGAAGCAGAUGGGUUACAUCUUCUCCGGUUGGGUCCUCACCCUGCCGAGUUCAGGUUUCAUCGCGGGUGCCCUGCUGGCCAUGGCGCUCAACUCUCCCAGCCUCCCUCGUUGA